AUGAAAAGUGCAAAGAAAAAGGAAGAUCGUGAAGUCUACAAAGAUCCGAUUUUUGGUAUUCCGCACUUACAUGAUCCUGCAAUUAUGCGAAUAGUAGAAAAACAUGAUCCUUAUCGACAAAUGAAUGAAUCUAUGAAAUUAAUGGCACGAAAAUCGCAAUUAAGACUGCGAGCAGUGGAGAGUUCGAAACCCCGAUACAUUCAUACCAGAUUUAAUAUUGAAGCAUUGACUAAAUCUCCUUUAAUGUGUUUUCCUCAUUUUGAAGAAAUGACAAACUACUUAGAUCAGUGGUUUUCCUCAAGGCAGCAAAUGGAAGCAUCAAUUUUAACAUCAAAUCAAAGAGGAACGUUUAUAGCUUUAUCGAAAUUUUGUGAUUCUCUCUUUUUACUUUUACAAGAAACCGCAAGAGCAUCUCCCAUAUCACCAGCACCAUUAGCAGGAAUUUACAAAUGGUAUUUGCAAAGAGAUACAGUUAUUAACCAAAGCAAAAACCUUAAUAUGCCAAUUCAAAAUGAAAACGUUACAAUUAUAGAGCUUCCUAAUGGCAAAAAGAUUGAAAUCAAUAAUAACGAAUUAAAUUCUCGAUAUGUUCUUAACAAAGUUACUUUGACGCCAGAAAUUAUUAUGAGAGAGUUUAAUUCAAUCAAAGUAGCUCCACCACCCAUUAUUGAACAGAAGCCCCCAGAGCAAGUUCAUAGGACAACAAGAAUCUUAAUUCACCCAACAUUUCACGAAAUUACCAAGAAAGAAGAAGAGAAGGAACCAGAAGAAGAGAAAUUUGACUACGAACUACUUCAUAAGAGAUUACAAGCGGAAAGAGAAUCUGAAGAAGAAAUCGAUCGAAUUACAAAAUUUCUUAUGGCAAAUACACAUCUAGGAGUUCAUCCUUACUCGCUUCGUAAAUAA